AGCGGGACUCUCAGAGAAUGGCAAACUCCCCGGUCUCCUUGGAAACCUUCGACUAAAUGACAAUGGCUGAGGCUAUCUGCUGCACUUUGGUGAACUGCAACUGUGACUGCUUCAAACCGGGGAAGCUGAAGAGGAGGCAGUGUGAAAACUGCAAGCAUGGCUGGGUGGCACACGCCCUGAGCAAGCUGAAGGUGCACCACAUGUUCCAGAGCAGCCAGGUGGAGAUUGUGCACUCCAAUGUAGUGUUCGACAUCUGCAGCCUGAUGCUGUACGGCACCCAAGCCAUCCCGAUCCGCCUGAAAAUCCUCCUAGACCGUCUUUUCUCUGUCCUAAAGCAGGAGGAGGUCAUCCAGAUUCUUAACGCACUUGACUGGACACUGCAAGACUACAUACGAGGAUACGUGCUCCAGGAUGUUGCUGGGAAGGUGCUGGACCGAUGGGCCAUUAUGACCUUUGAGGAGGAGAUUGUCACUCUGCAGCAAUUCCUGCGUUUUGGUGAAACCAAAUCCAUUGUGGAACUCAUGGCUCUGCAGGACAAAGAGGGCCAGGCAGUGUUGGUUCCCAGCACCCGCACCAACUCAGAUAUCCGCACUUUCAUUGAGCGCAACACACCUCGCACUGCUGCCAACCUCUCUCCAUCCAAAGCUGAGAAGAUGAGUGGCAGUAGCAUGCACCACUUUGAGAACUUUAUCAACAGCAUGGCCUUUAUGCUUCCAUUCCAGCUGUUGGGCUCUGUGCCAGCACCAUUUUUAGACUCGCCACUUCAACCGCAGCACCAGCAACGUUUACCGCACCAGCAGCCAUGUGGUGCCUCAUUAGAGCAGCAAAGUCAAAAGACAGCUGAUCAUGGGAGGAACCACCUUGGAACAGAUGACCCCUUCCUUAUUUCACAUUCCUCAGACAGUAGCCUUCUAGGUUCCAGGUCCAUUUCAUUCACUAAUGAUUUAGAUCAAAGUAGAGAAAAGGCGAUGGAUAAUCUCUCCACAAGUGCAAAAAUUGAGGCUGAAGACUUCUCUGCCAGUGACAAUUAUUCAGAUGGACCAUCCACACCAUGUACACCCUCCAUGAGCUCUGAUGCUCCACAGAUGUCACCUGAUGGAAAGCUGCGGUCUCUAGAAAGAAACGGAAGUAGCAGUGGAGGGGUCCCAGGGGGUGUAGGCUCUCUGAAGAAGGGUCGCGUAUUUUGCAGUGCUUGCGAGAAGACAUUUUAUGACAAAGGCACACUAAAAAUCCAUUACAAUGCAGUACAUCUUAAAAUCAAGCACAAGUGUACAAUCGAAGGCUGCAACAUGGUGUUCAGCUCACUCCGCAGUCGCAAUCGUCAUAGUGCUAACCCCAAUCCUAGACUGCACAUGCCUAUGAAUCGAAACAAUCGAGACAAAGAUCUGCGAGGCAGCUUGUCUGCUGAUGAAAGUUCUCAAGGAGAUAAGAGGGCUGAAUACAGCAGUCAGAUGUCCAUCUGCUCUACAGAAAGUCACAAGUCCAUGCCCAGCUACAUGGUAAGUCAUGUAGACAGUAGCCCUAAAAUCCACAGCAGCUCAUUCCCUAGUAUAGGCCAGAGUGGCAUUCUCUUUCCUAACUUGAAAACAGUACAGCCAGUCCUGCCUUUCUAUCGAAGCCUGGUAACACCAGCAGAGCUCGCCAACACACCAGGAACGCUACCUUCUCUACCUAUUUUGUCAUCUUCUGUACCUGUUAAACCCAUCACAGCGCCCAAGCCCUGUAUAACAGACCCUAUACCAAAGAAAAAAUCUCGUAAGUCAAGUAUGCCAAUAAAAAUUGAAAAAGAGAUGGUUGAGCAAGAUGAGCAGAUAGAUAUGGAGAGUAGUUCUGAAGACGAAGUUCUUUUACGAGAUGAGGACAAAGACAUCUAUAAUGGUAGCCAAGGAGAAAGGUAUGUGUGUCCAAGACAACCUGAAGAGAAGGAAGCAAGAGAAGCUUACACUGGCAAUGAAAAGGAAAGGGAGAGUACCAAACAUCUGAAUGACCAAACUUUAGACUGGCACUCAGUGGAGAGGGAAGACAAACAUGGAGGGCCAAAGCAAACAGAUAUCGGGGUCAUCACCUGCACAUCCUCCACAUUAGAAACCAGGUCAUUAGAAAACCACUGUGACAACAACUCACUUUGUCAGGAAACCAAUGGCAGUAAAGAGAUUGCAGACAAGGAGCACGUUACCUCACUGCACAUAUCUGACAAGAUCUCAGAGCUUAAAUGGAACCAAGAUGAUCACAAGUUGACUAAUGGGAGUGGCUUUCAACUCAUAGAGAGGGGAGGACAUGAUGGGUAUACAGAUGAUUAUGGGGACACAGAGUUGUCUCACCCUGACUCUGAUACAGACUUUCCACACCACUGUGAGAUCUGCAGUAAGACCUUUAAAAACCCAUAUAGCGUCAAGAUGCACUACCAAAAUGUCCACCUGAAGGAGACGCACAUGUGCACGGUGGACGGAUGCAAUGCCACAUUUCCAUCUCGCCGAAGCAGAGACAGACACAGUGCAAAUCUAAACCUGCACCACAAGCUGCUGACCAAAGACUCACUUACCCCAGCCACUGCCCUCUGCUCACCCUCAUCACAAUGCAGAGACAGAGACUCUGUUGUCCCAGACACCUGCCAAGACAAAGAUUCUCCCCAUCGAGACCAGACGAAUCAUACUUCUGUCAUUUUCCGAGGACACAACCGAAUGGGACUGGUCUUUCCCAUGAGCAAAACGCCUACAGCACUGAGCAGCGCCGAGGUGUCUCCCAUUGCAGAACUUGAGGAUCUGGAAGGAGGAGAAGGUGGUGGAAAUAGAAAUGAUGGGACGGUCUUGGACCUGAGCACCUCCACGUCUGCCCCACCUCGUGACAGCAGACACGCUCAGUCAUCCUGGGAUUCUGACGGAGCCGGCAGCGAAGACAGGGAGGCAGCUGACGAAGGUGAGGAGGCGCUUCCCAUAGAUGACAGUGAUGAAAGCUGCGAUGGAGUUGGUGCGGGAAUGCCAGGGGGUGAGGACUUGGAAGACAGGAACCUGGGCUGUGGUGGGGGUGGACAAAGUGGGCCUCAGGGAGGUGGAGGUGGAUCUCCAAUUACAUGUCACGUCUGCCAAAAGGUGUACAGCAACAAGGGAACAUUCAGGGCACAUUACAAAACUGUUCAUCUGCGCCUGCUCCACAAGUGUAAGGUCCCUGGCUGUGACACGUCCUUCUCCUCCGUGAGAAGCAGAAACAGGCACAGCCAGAACCCGAACUUACACCGGAACCUUUCUGUUAACUCAGGUACCACCAUGGACCAAGAGUAAAGAUUUGAUCUCAGAUGCCAAUGCAUUUUUCAUCUUUUUUUUUUUUUUUUUUUUUUUUGUGAGUCA